AUGGCGCCUCACCCCUUCAAGAGCAUCUCUCCAGAUGAGAUACGCAUCGCUCGCGAUGUCAUCCGCUCACUCUACAAAGACUCUCUCAUCAACUUUCGGGAAAUCUUCAUCCAAGAACCAAACAAAGAGGCAAUGAAGCAAUUUCUCGAACUUGAACAUGCUGCCAAGCCAGGUCAUUCUGCGGCCACCAAACGACCGCCACGAUUGGCAAAGGUCCAGUACGAUGUGAUUGGAUCUGAUAAGAUUCCUCAGUACAACGAGUCAGUCGUUGAUGUUGAGCAAAAGAAGAGAGUCCGACACCAGUCUUUUCCAAAGGAUAUCCAGUCCAGUCUGGCCUUGUGGGAAUUCGCUGAUCUUGUUCAAGCAUGCAAGGAGAGCGAUUUGUUCCAAAAGGCUGUGGCUGAGUUCCAACUACCUGAAGGAUUUGAGCUGAUUGUUGAGCCAUGGCCACACGGUCCAGUUGACCCCGAAUUCGAGAAGACCAGAUACUUCCAAGGUCUCUGCUUUGCUCAAGAUAUGAGGAACGGAAACCCAGACUCCAACUUCUACUCAUACCCAGUGCCUAUUAUCCCCAUCAUGGACGCAGCAACAAAGAAGAUUGUCCGUGUCGACCGCUUGGCUACGGGUGGAAAGGAAGACGGCCUGACGGGUCAGACUUGCUCUCCACGUGUCCUGGACCACUGUGAGCCGGCCGAGUAUGUUCCCGAGAUGGUUGCUGGUGGACUCCGACAGGAUGUCAAGCCCAUCAACAUCGUACAACCCGACGGUCCUUCAUUUAGAGUUACUGAUGAAUCACUCGUUGAAUGGCAAAAGUGGCGCUUUAGGGUAUCCUUCACCCCCCGUGAGGGAGCAGUUCUUCAUGACGUCCACUACGAUGGACGAAGCAUCAUGUACCGCAUGAGCAUCAGCGAGAUGACUGUGCCCUACGCCGAUGCUCGUCCAGGCUACCAUCGCAAGCAAGCCUUUGACUUUGGUGACGGAGGUGCCGGAAACUGCGCCAACAACCUUUCUCUCGGCUGUGACUGCCUGGGUGUCAUCAAGUACUUUGACGCCACUAUCAUCAACAAAGAGGGUGAGCCCGUGGACCACCCCAACGUCAUCUGUCUGCACGAGCAAGACAACGGUAUCGGCUGGAAGCACACCAACUGGCGAACUGGCCGCGCCGUCGUAACCCGCAAGCGCGAGCUCGUCGUCCAAUUCAUCAUCACCCUCGCCAACUACGAAUACAUCUUCGCCUACAAGCUCGACAACGCCGGCGGCAUCACCAUCGAGACCCGCGCCACGGGCAUCGUCUCUGUCGUCAACAUCGACCCAGGCAAGACCUCCAACUACGGCAACGUUGUCUCCAACGGCAUCCUCGCCCAAAACCACCAGCACAUCUUCGCCGUCCGCGUCGACCCAGCCAUCGACGGCCACAAGAACACCCUCGUCUACGAGGAAUCCCACACUGCGCCCUGGAACAAGGAGACAAACCCCAACGGCAACUGGUACGAGAUCCGCAAGACCAUCGUCGACAAGUCCACCGGUCUCGACUCAAACACCGCCGACAACCGCGUCUUCAAGAUCAUUAACCCCUACAAGAAGAACCCCAAGUCUGGAAACAAUGUUGGCUACAAGUUUGCGCCGCUACCGACCCAGAAGCUGCUCGCGGCUCCUGGUAGUAUCCAAUCGAAACGUGCGCUGUUUACCCAGCACCACUUGUGGGUUACCAAGUACCGCGAUGACGAGCUGUUUGCUGCAGGUCCCUUUACCAUGCAGAGUCAGCUUGAUGUAGGCGGUGUGCACGACAUGGCUGCUCGCAAGGACGAUGUUGUCGAGGAGGAUUUGGUCCUUUGGAAUGUCUUCGGUUUGACACAUAACCCUCGUGUCGAAGAUUGGCCCGUUAUGCCCGUUGAGGUUUACGAGAUUCACUACAAGCCAAGUGACUUUUUCGACCGCAACCCUGCGAUUGAUGUGCCAAAUACUAAGAACAACUCCUCGGUUCUGGUGACUAAGGAUUGUUGCGAUGGUAAGCUUUGA